GCUGACCACUCUUGAGGUUACUGCAUUCAUCACCUGAUCAGUUUGUCUAGCUAUAUACCUGUACAGCUUGGAAGUCCAUCACACAAAAUCCCUCAGAUGAGCAGUGCGGCCAAGUUUCUGGACAAAAAUCCAUUCUCUGUCAGCGCUCCAAAUCCACUGCUUCCUUCUCCCGCAAGUCUUCAGCUCGCUCAGCUACAAGCCCAGCUUACCCUGCACAGGCUAAAAUUGGCUCAGACAGCAGUCACCAGCAACACAGCAGCUGCAACUGUUCUGAAUCAAGUUCUCUCCAAAGUGGCCAUGUCUCAGCCACUGUUUAAUCAAUUAAGACAUCCGUCCAUGAUUAACACUCCCCAGGGGCAUGCCGGAGGACCUCAGCAAGGACCUGCGAUCGCCAAUACUAGAUUUCCAUCUAGUGGAAUACCUUUUCCAGCACAGAAUCCAGCUUUAGCGGUACCAGGAGGGAGCAUGGGGCCUGUUGGGAACAUACAGAAUCAAAACCCAAAUGCUAUUGUCAUGCACCCCUUUGGAGGUGUAAUGUCUCAGACAUCCAGCCAACCAGCUGUAGUUAUGAGUCUCAAUAAGACAGGCCACUCGUCUGCUGCGGGAGGAUUUUAUGACUACAAUAAACAAAAUGUGUCUGCCCCUCAAAUAUACACAGCUGAUGCAGGCCAAGGCAAUCAGCACAACUUCAGUGGGUCUCACUCAGUCUCCUCCCCCUCAGGAGGGGUACCCUAUGAGGGUCAUUUUGGUCCUUCCGGCCAACUAAAACAAGACAGUCAGCCUGGAUUUCAGAAAGACUUCUAUGGCCCCAGUUCUAAAGGACAACAUCCAACAGGAAUACAAUCUUUGGGUUUUUCUGGUGAGCCACAGAUGAGUGCUCAUCAAACUGUGAGUCAGAAAGGAGAAGCAGGCCCUGUGGUACAUAACACAGGUGCAAAUAGCCAGUGGGAAAACACUCCUAAUUUCUCCAGCCAGAACAAGGCUGACCUCAUUGUCAGUGGCAACUUGUGGCCAUCCACAGGUCAGCAGUAUGAAAUAAGAAAUGAACUGUACAACCCUGAAGAACCGACACCUGACACAAAGUUUGGUGCUGGGACUACACUUCCUUUCCACAGACUUAACAAUAGUAAACCAAGUUUCAGUAGUUCCCGAAUGAGGCAGAAUGAGGAGUUGACCACAAAAACAUCUGAUUUGUCAGUGAGAUCACUUCUGCCUCAUGAACUAAAUGACUUUCACGGCAUAGCCCCUCUUCACUUUCCACACGUCUGCACAAUAUGUGACAGAAAGAUCUUUGAUCUAAAGGACUGGGAUCAGCACAUUAAAGGAAAUCUUCACCUCCAAAAAUGUAUGGUUUUCUCAGAAAACACUGGCAUCCGAUGUGUGUUAAGUUCAGCAGAGGCAGCGUUGCAUUCAUCUCCAAAUAACACAUCAGUUUUCAACCCUUCUGGCGUCGAAGAUUACCCAUCGAAUGCUGGCUCAUCUUAUACUACUGUGUCAACAAGAGCCUUUGGUCAGCCAGGUCCUACAUUUUCUUCCCCUCCAUCUGGAGUAAAAUUUCCACAAAGCAAAUCCAGCGCGGGCCGAGUAGUACACAUCUGCAAUCUCCCUGAAGGAAGCUGCACAGAGAAUGAUGUCAUUAAUCUUGGACUUCCCUUUGGGAAAGUCACUAAUUAUAUCCUCAUGAAAUCUACUAAUCAGGCCUUUCUCGAAAUGGCUUACACUGAGGCUGCACAGGCAAUGGUGCAGUACUACCAAGAGAAACCAGCUAUGAUAAAUGAUGACAAGUUACUCAUUAGAAUGUCUAAAAGAUACAAGGAGCUUCAGCUGAAGAAACCAGGUAAAAAUGUGGCAGCAAUCAUCCAGGACAUCCAUUCUCAAAAGGAAAGAGAUAUGUACCGUGACGCCGACAGGUAUGGGACUGAGAGGCCCCGGUCUCGCAGCCCCAUAAGUCGCUCUCUGUCACCAAGGUCCCACACCCCGAGCUUUACUUCCUGCAGCUCACCUCGCAGUCCGUUGGGUGCCAGCAGGACAGACUGGGGAAAUGGAAGAGAGUCGUGGGAUCAGUCCCCUUACUCCCGAAGAGAGGAAGAAAGAGAUGCAGCACUCUGGAGAGAGAACGGGGAGGAGAAAAGGGAUAGGACUGACACAUGGGUUCACGAGAGAAAAUACUAUAUACGGCAGCUGGAUAAGCUAGACUUAGAUGGACGGAUCGAAGGAGCCAGAGGGCACAGAGAAAAGUACUUAAGGAGUGGUUCACCCAAUGCCCUUCAUGCUGUACCUGGAUAUAAGAGCAGGGAAGAUGACUAUUACAGAAAAGCACCUAAGUCAAAAUCUGAUCGAUACCAAAAGCACCUGCAGGAUGCUCCCGUGAAGUCUAAAAGAAAAGAGGAGGCCAGGUUGAGAGAACGCAAACACUCUCACUGCGAGGACCUAGAUAAGGAGGAAACUUCCGAACAAAGGCCCAACAAGAUAUCUGAAGGCAGCAGGCAAAAGCAAAGUGAUAGAUAUAAAAUCAAGAAAGCUGAUAAAGACCCAGUUGCUGCUGCUGCUGUGGCUGAAAGCAGUGACGCGAAGGAAGGCAGCGCACCUGAGAAUGAGCUUGGGAAAGAGGAGCAUAUUACAGAGAAGACCUCACCUUCAGCGAAUAAACAAGGAAAAGAUUCAGCAGAUUCUGUGGAAAGCACAAGAAAAGAGAAGGAGCGAGACUGGGAAAGUGGAAGUGAGAUGGAAGGCGAGGCCUGGUAUCCAGCUAACAUGGAAGAACUGGUCACAGUGGAUGAAGUGGGAGAAGACGACUUUAUUAUGGAGCCAGAUAUAACCGAACUUGAAGAAAUUGUUCCAGUUGAUCCAAAAGACAAAGCAUGCUCAGAAAUGCAUCAGUAUGUAACUAGCACAUUAGAACUGGAAAAUGACCAUAGCCAGAUAAACAGGUGUGAAGGCGAAUCUGCCCAGGAAGCUCCAGAAACGAGCUUCAGAUCAGCAAAGGAAAGCGUAGCUGCUUCCGGUGGCUGUCCAGAAGGUGAUGAUGAUGAUACAGUUACCGAAGCAUCAAGCCUAAAUCUGGACACUGAACAGAAGCCAGAUGAAUCACAAGAAGACAGAGCUCUUAGGGAUUCUAAUUACCACAAAAAGGAAGGAAAAAUAGAGGAGAGCUCUGAUAUUCACAUAAAGCUGGAGGAUGGACAGAUACCUUCUGAUCACAUGAAAGGAGAGACUCACCAGCUCUCUGACACUUUUAUGGAUCAUUACAAGCAGAUGGGAUCACAAGAAACAGAGAGUAGAGAAGUCAUGGAAAUGCUUGUAAAAAACUCCAGUGAAGAAACAACGCGUGGAAGCCAAGAGUGCCAAGAGACCCGGGUAAAUCCUAGGUACCUGGAAAUGAAAUCUCCUGAAUUCUCCGAGGUGAAAUCUAAAAGACCCCAUUCUUCACCAUCCUGGGAACAAGAGGAUGUUUUCACUGAACUUAGCAUUCCUCUAGGUGUGGAAUUUGUGGUGCCCAGAACUGGGUUUUACUGCAAGCUUUGUGGACUUUUCUACACGAAUGAAGAGACAGCUAAGAUAAGCCACUGCAGAAGUACUGUUCACUACAAAAAUCUUCAGAAGUAUCUAUCCCAACUUGCAGAAGAGAGUCUGAAAAUGAAUGAAGAAGACAGCAAUCUGCCACAGGACGUUGCUGGGAUUGUUCCCCACUUUGAGAAGAAAAAGCUAUGAUGCGCUCAACUAGAAGAGUUGUAAAUGAGUGAAUGCUGAUAUUUCAUUGUUGAGCUACAUGAUGUGGUGAUCAAUUCGCACUGUGCAGGAGGAAGGAAAGCACAAUAAACAGCAUAUUCUAUGCAUCUGUGCCCAGGGUGCCAUUAAAAACCAUAAUGCCUGAAAUAGUUUCCCACGGGGAAGCAGUCCUGGCGUAUCUGUAACAAGCGCAGCUAUUCUUUCUCAGGCUGUGUGUUGGGAGCGGCUUCCUAUACUAACCCAGAAUUCUCAGGGAUUCUCAGAUGCCACACAGUAGGUCAGGCUGAGUAUUUAGAAGAACUUAGCAUCCUUCAGUGGAAAUGAUCUGAAAAGAAAUGUCCUGAAUGAAGCUUUUAACAUGAAUAUAUUUUAAGUCACUUCACUCAUUAGUAUAGUGAACAACAGGCCUUGUUUAAGAGACCUACAGCCAUUGUGCUAGUGCUAACUGUUAGAUGGCAUAAGGUAAACCCCAGUGGCCUCAGGAUAUGUGCACCUAGAGCUUGGUGAUGAUAAUCAUCAUCAUUUUUAAAUUUUUGAGUAUUGUCCAUGUACUAGAUGUUGUACAAAGAUGGAGGAAGU